CAAUCCAACCCGCCGCACGCUCGCAUCCGCAUUUUCGUUCUACAUUCGAAUUCUCGUUCAUCGCCAUGUCUUAUAACAACGACAACGACAGCGGCGACUCGUACGGCUCCAACUCGUAUGGCUCGAACGCCACGGGGAGGAACGACGACGGCUCGUUCGGGGGGAACAACAACAACAACACCACCUCUAACAGAAACAACAACAACGACUCUUACAACAACAGCGGUAACGGCGGCGGCGGCGACUCGUAUGGCUCGCAGAGCAGGCAGCAGUCUGGUCAAGGCGACGACAACGACGGCGCGUCGUACGGCGGGAACGGCGACUCGUACGGGUCGGCCAAGAGCGCGGGCGGGGGCACGUACGGGGGCGGGAACAGCGCGUCGUCGGCGUAUGGCGGGGGCGGGGACUCGUAUGGGUCGAGCGGGGACGACGGGCAGAAGGGGAACAACUCGUCGUACGGGUCGGGCCGCGACAACAACAAUGCCGCCACGACUACGACGACGUCGUCGUAUGGCUCGAACAACGUUGGGAGCGACGAUAACGACAACUCGGGCUCGUACGGCUCGAGCCGCAACAAGAACGACAACAACAACAACGGCGGCGGCAACGACAGCUACAACAGCAGCAACAAGAACAACAACAGCGGCAACAGCAACAGCAACAGCGGCGACUCGGACAGCUACGGCAGCAACAAGACGGCGUCGUACGGGUCUGGGAACGACGACGACAGCUACGGCUCGAGCGGCAACAGCGGCUCGAACGACAGCUCGAACAACAAUUCCAACUCCAACAGCAGCAGCGGAGGCGGGUACGGGCAGGGCUCGACCGGCGGCGGAGACUGGCUGGACAAGGGCGUGUCAUUCGCCGCCCAAAAGGCGGGGUACAACCUGGACUCUGCGACGGCGGACAAGAUCGGGAGCGGCCUGCGGGAGGGCUUGAGCAAGUUUGGCGGGGGCUUCUGAUCGGCUCGCGGAAUGUUCGGUGUGAGGACGUUGUCGGCUGAAGAGGGACGGGUAUUGUUUCAUCUACUAAGUGAGGAAUGUUGGGAGAAGGCAUCACAUGGAGGGAAUUGUACUACGAAAGCAUCUUUGGUUGUAUGUUGUAUGGCAUGGAUCAAUGGAGCGUUGCGUUCUGAAAACGG